AUGUCUGUCACAUUAACAGCUGUGAAGAGAGUUCAGAGUUCUCCAAACCUAUUGGCCUCAGGGUCUGAUUCUCAGUCUCCAGAUUCAGCCUGGCGAUCUUACAAUGAUGGAAGCAGAGAGACACUGAAUGGAGAUGCUGGCAGUUCAUCUCUUACAGCAAAAGGGUUUAGGAGCGUGCGGCCCAAUCUACAGGAUAAAAAAUCACCCACUCAGGCUCAGAUCACAGUGAAUGGGAGCUCUGGCACUGCUGCCAGCCCAGUGAGUCACUUUCAAAGGCCUUUUUCCCCUUCUUCAGCUUACCCUCCACCAGCUUCGCUCAAUUCCAACAUUGUUAUCAUGCAGCAUGGCAGGAUGAUGGAGUCCACAGAGACGUACUCACAGCAUGUUCAGACUGUUGGCAGCACCACCACCACCAGUACAAUACCAAUCUGUAGAUCCUCAGAAGAAGAAAAAAAAAUUACAGUCAUUAAAGCCCCACAUUAUGCAGGGAUUGGCCCGGUGGAUGAAUCUGGAAUCCCUACAGCAAUUAGAACGACAGUUGACAGGCCGAAAGAUUGGUACAAGACAAUGUUCAAGCAAAUCCAUAUGGUUCAUAAGCCUGAUGACGACACAGACAUGUAUAAUACUGCAUAUGCAUACAGUACUGGUAGCUACAGUCCAUCCUUCUCUGCUCAGGCACACCCAGCUGCAAAGACUCAGACAUACAGGCCAUUGUCUAAAAGUGCUUCUGAUAGUAGCUCUGAUGCCUUUAAGGUCUCAUCCCCUUUACCACCUCCACAUGUGCCACCUCCACCACCACCACACCGUCUGAGGCAAAGGUCUACUCCAGAAAAAAACGACUGGGAUCCCCCUGACAGAAAGGUAGAUACUCGCAAGUUCCGUUCUGAACCAAGGAGCAUUUUUGAAUAUGAGCCGGGAAAGUCAUCAAUCCUUGAACAUGAGAGACCGACUGAUCGCAUAAACCCAGAUGACAUAGAUUUAGAAAACGAACCAUGGUAUAAAUUCUUUUCAGAAAUGGAGUUUGGACGUCCGCCACCUAAAAAGCUUUUGGACUAUGUUCAAGAGAGUUCUUCUGGUGUUUCCAAUGAGACUUCCUUAUAUCAUCACUAUUCAACAGACAAAGGCCUGGAUAGGCCCUCUAGUUCUGCAAGUACUGCAAGUGACUACAGAAAAAGAAGGAAGUCGGAACCUGCUGUAAGUCAUCAGAAUGCAAACAGGCCUAGCCUGGGCCGUACAGAUAUGCAAAGCCCAUCUACCACCCUUAGAAAGACUUUAACUAGCUCGUCUCCUUCUUCUCCAUCAAGAGCAAAAGAGCAGGAGUCUCCUGGAAGCUAUUCUUCUGCUUUCACUGAUGUGGGACGAUGUACUCCAAGGGAGAGAAGAGGAACUGCAGACAAAGAGAAACUGCCAGCUCGAGCUGUAUAUGACUUUAAAGCUCAGACUUCUAAAGAGCUGUCCUUUAAGAAAGGAGAUACUGUCUAUAUCCUCAGGAAAAUUGAUCAAAACUGGUAUGAGGGUGAGCACCAUGGAAGAGUCGGAAUAUUCCCUAUUUCGUAUGUCGAGAAACUUUCUCCCCCAGAAAAAGCACAGCCUGCCCGGCCACCUCCCCCUGCACAGAUUGGAGAGAUUGGAGAAGCUAUUGCCAAAUACAACUUCAGCGCAGACACAAACGUGGAGUUAUCACUCAGAAAGGGAGACAGAGUAAUUCUUCUUAAACGAGUUGAUCAAAACUGGUAUGAAGGUAAAAUACCUGGAACCAACAGACAAGGCAUCUUCCCUGUUUCCUAUGUAGAAGUCAUCAAAAAGAAUACAUCGAAAAGUGUUGAUGACUACCCUGACCCUCCAAUACCCCAAAGCUAUUCUAGUGACAGAAUACACCAUUUAAGUUCAACUAAGCCACAGCGCCCUGUGCUUGCUCAUGAAAACAUACACAGUGGGGGGGAACCGUUUCAGGCUCUAUAUAACUAUACUCCUAGGAACGAAGAUGAAUUGGAGCUCAGAGAGGGAGAUGUCAUUGAUGUGAUGGAAAAAUGUGAUGAUGGAUGGUUUGUGGGAACUUCAAGAAGAACCAAAUUCUUUGGUACUUUCCCUGGGAACUAUGUCAAGAGGCUGUGAAUUUUUUUCCCUACUUAUUUAUGCUGCAUCUCUGCAACACAUCUGCAUAAAGCUGCCAGAAAACAUGCUACGCUGCCCUUCUGUUUUCUUGCUUGCAGUCUCAGAUAGAGGCCAUCUAGUUCAUCCUCAUCCCAUCCCACCUGCCAAACCGUUCCAGCAGUAUUACAGCAACAACCACGAUGUGAAUAACUAAGCUUUUCUGAAACAAGAGGAAUCGUUUCAACAUUUAAAUACUCCCUGCUUUAAAGUAUUUUCAUUUGAAACACAGUAGGAAAAGCCUGAUGACAGGUACACAGGUGAAUUGCUGGGGAGGGGGGAGUUGGGGAGAAAGGGGGAUGGGACAGGAGGAGAAACUGGUUUUGGCUUGGACAUUUGUGUUACUAUCAUGAAGCCUGGUGGGAUUUUUUUCAGUAUGCAUGUAAUACAGGGGGAAGUUGCUGUCUACUGUUU